AUGUACCAUCCAGUUCGUUCCAACCAGCAGCAAGUGGCGCAUUCGAGAUUUGCCAAAACGGUGACACAACUGCUUGCUUGUACUUGUGAUCAAUCAGUCAGUCAUGUCGUGGGCGACACAGUAUCACCGUGCUCCCAGCAAGACCCGGGACAAUUUGACGUACAAGCAGAUAUGAAUAGACCUCGUGUAUCGUAUUGGAGGAGCGCCUGGCAGCAAUACCGCGGAUCAUGUCCACAUGCCAUACCUACAGGUCGCUGUACUCGCGGUAGACGAGCACGUUAUUCUCACAAACUUGCCGCUGCGGCGUCAACUCCUCCAAGGCUGCGGCCUAUUUUCAUCGCCACUGGCAAUGACUGGGCAGCAUGCUACUGGUCAACGCUGGUAAUCGAAGCUCUGCCAUUGCAACCCUCCACCAGCGGCUCCCCACGCGAAUACAGUCAUAAUCGCUCUCUGCGCCCCGUAAAUGCUAUCAGACAAGGCAAGGCAAAGUCCCAGAAUGCGUCAAAAGGCAAAAAAAGAAGUACGGAAAGGCUCCGAGCGCUUAUCGGGCCUCUUGGGCGAGAUGUGCGCUUGGUGGCCUGAGCAAACCUAAGAAAAGAAACAAGAACAAAGAUACAGGCCCGAUGUUGCUCUGCAGAUGAGCAGAAUGCAAGAUGCUGUACUUGUGCAGUAUGUUACAGUAGUUCGUUUGAUGCUCUUGCUGCGCUGAAGUUCCCCGCUAAUCUUGG